CUCGAAGAAAAGUUCUACAUCUGAAAAAGGGAAUAAUUUCAGCCCUGUAAAUUUAUUUGUGAAAUGUACAGAAACAUCAUUUUCUGAGAAUAGUUAUUCAUCAACAAGUGACACAGUUUCUUCAAAUUUAACUGACAGUCCAGAUGGUUUAAAAAAAGGUAAACCAAAGGAUAGUACCAAAAUUGGUGAGUCUGAAGAAAAGUUUAUCGCACAAGAUGAGAAACAAGAUAACAAUAAUAGUCCUCAAAAAAGGCAAGACAAUUGUCUAGAAAAUUUGAAGUCCAAAGAAAGUAGUGUAACAAAAAAUGACAAUCAAAUAUAUGAACAGAAAGCAGUUUCAGAACAAAUUAGACUUGAACAGGAGUUGAAAUGUGGUGAAAGUAAUGAAAUUCAUACAGACUUUGAUAAUCACAGUAAUUCAUCAGCUGGUGAACUGCAUAUGAGUAUGGGAUCAUCUGAAAAUUCAACCGUUAACACUGUGGAAGAAGUGCAAGUUUCAUUUAACGGAGCUGGAGAAAAAGUAGCUUUGUUGAAAGGGGGUCACACAGACAAUAACAUUUCAGAUCAAGUUUUAAAGGAUGAAAGUUUGGAAUGUGCAGACAACAAAAUAGGAUGUUCAUCUUUUUUAUUUAAACGUGUUGAACUAUUUGAUGCGCCUUCGCUAGAUGACUUUUCAAAUAUGUCAACCCAAAAAACAGCUCUGUCAUCAGAGUCACCUUAUAAUUUUAACAUGAAUAGAAAUGAUGCUCACAAAAUAAGCCACCACAAAGAUCUGAAUAUGGAUGACUCUGAUGAAUAUCAUUUGCAUGCAUUGGACCCACCAUUGGAACCACGAUCUGCACACCCAUAUGCUGAUACACGAUUUCAGCCCCCUGCAGUAAAUGAAAAUUUUCCAUUUACACCAAAACCAGAUUCUUAUGAUUUUAACGAGUCUGAAUCAUUACAGCCAAAUGAAACAUUACAUUCAUUGAAAAAGCCUCACAGGACAUGCAGUAGUGAACAUAAAAUAUCUACUGUAGGUCAUGUUAAUUUGAACCACAAAAUUUCUUCUGCCAAUAGUGGAGUUUCAUCAUGUGACAUCGAUGCAAUGAACAAUCAGGUUUUUGAACCAACAGUCCCUGUUGUAUCUUCUGCCCCUUUGAUACCAGCAGCACAAAUAAACAGACAUGAAAAUUCCCAAUACAAAACCACAGAAGACGAUCAUGUGAGGAACAGAAUUCAUAAUGAAACCAUUGAUCAUAGACUUUUUGAACCAACAUUUACACUUUCAAAUACUCAGCAUAUAGUGGAUGAAAAUGAGACUGGCCAUUCAAGUACUUCAAAUAGGGACAAUGAAGACAUUUUCACUGACAGGUCAAAAAGAGUUAAUUCAUUACCUACAGGAUUGCUUUAUACCUGCCAAAUAAGUUCUAUUACAACUAAUAAUGCAGAAAAAGUUUUAAAUUUAUGCACAAUGUCAGUAAGUCGAGCAAUGGACUAUCUAGCUAUAGGACCAGAUUUUUUCAAGAAUCUUGGUUACUUUCUGGACCCACAUAGUAAUUAUGGUAAUGAAAGGUCAUGGUAUGGGUUAACAUUGGCUGUUUUAAGAUUACCAGAAGAAAAGGUCAAAAGCAUAAGUCACCAUACUAAAGGAAAUCCAGAGAUUGGCCACUUUCUAGCUACUUUAGAGUAUUAUGUUGCAGAAGAGAAACAUCUCAGUGACAUUGUCCAGUAUUUUGUUCAGCCACUUUCUUUAAGACUGGAUGUAAUACAGUACUUCAAAAAACAUCACAAAGACUGUUCUGUGUGUAAUGCAUUAUACCUGACAGUCCCACACAGAAGGGACAUUUCAAAUUCUACGGAGGAUGUUAGAAAAGUGAGUGCUUCUCACCACGAAGGAAGUUAAUGAUUUUUAGUUGUUACUUGUAAGAAUGUCAUCAUUCAGCUAUAUUUAUACUGUCAUUUAACAUGUUUAAUUUAAACUGGAUUUUAGUUUAAAGAGAAAUGAUUCAAGUAUAUUUUCAAUAGCAGUAAUAAACACUCCUUGUUGUUUCUUUUAACAUGUGCCAGUCAAUUACAUAGUUAGAUCUUCAUAUAUUUCAU